AUCGUGCACUAGUAUAUAUUGAGAACUGGCAAAUGGGAAGCCACACCAGAGUUUGCUGUUGACAAAUGCAAUACAAGAUGGCAGGCACUUUCUUUCGUUUAUUCGUGAUUCUUCUCGGGCUUUCUCAUCUUAUGUGCUUGAAAGCAAUACCCGUUACAAGAAUCGAAAACAUUAUGCAAAGCCCCAAAGUUCGUCUUACACCGGAGAACAGCCACAAGGUUAUGAAUGAGAAAUACUGGCACUUGGAGGAACCAACCAUUACUGAGAGGAUGGAGUUGGAACUCCUUGACUAUUCCCCAUCAGGGCCUAAUGGUCGUCACACUCCAAAAGCACCAUAGCGUGUUAAAUGGUGUAGGUAGCUUUCUGUGUAGUACAAUCUUAUAUAAGUAGCCAUAAUUGGUAAACUCUGGAGGCAAUUAUGUUAUGUAUGAUGAGAGAAUUAAUGGAUUAAAAAGACUUGCAUCCCCACUCUUUGGUAUGAUUACAGCCAAGAAUAAAGAAUACACGCACUCACAAUGCAGAAGUCGUGUAUAUUGUUACGUAAUCACAAAUUAUCAUAUGUAGUAAUUUCUAUGUUGUUGAGUCAUGACAAAGAUUAUUUCUGAUUAACCGAGAAUAUGAACACUUUUAUA